AUGCAAGCCAUGGCAUGCUGCACCAUGUUCAAAACAUGUGCCAAAGACCCUUUCUCUUACUCUCACAUCAACUUGACCACAUCUGUCAGCAACGUUAGUAAUAAAAUUGUGCGUACCAUGAUCCGUCGGGCUGGAAAGGAACUCAGAUCCCUUGAACUUGGUCAUGUUGUUCGCUCAGAUAACUCUACUACGCCUUUGCUUACCGGAAAAUGUCUUGCCCCGCUAUCCGAUAAUGAUGGAUUUAUUGGGAAAUGCUUGAGAAGCAUACACCUUUACGAUGUCAAAUCUCUGCAAAACAGUCUCUCUAUUGAUGCGUUGGCAGCUUGUUCAAACAUCACUGAUUUGAAGAUUGUUGGAUCGUAUAAGCCACCCGAGAAGCUACUUAAAUCACUGGCAACAAAAUGCUGCUUCAUAGAGCACCUGUUCUUGGAGACCUAUGGUUUCCCUUCAAGUAGAUCAAGAAAAGUUUCAAGAGCCUUGGUAGAUUUCUUGACCAACAAUCCAAACUUAACCUCGCUAACACUCAUAGGUUUCAGACUAAAUGAUGCAACGGCCCAAAUUCUUGUUGAGAGUGCACGUAAACUCGAAUACAUGAAUCUGUCUAGAAACCCUACAAUCAAGGGUCACUUUUUGAGACAUAGUUGCAAAGACAGUUUGGUCAAGACUUUAAUAUUGCGUGACUGCCUUUUACUAGAGGAGAAAGAAGUUUUGCAGUUUCUGAAUUCGCUAUCCACAGGAAACUUCAGAUUUAUUAAGCACAUUGACAUUACAAAUUACCGUGGCUUGUUGUCUGAUGGCCGCAAAAGCUCUUUCAAUCCAAAGUAA